AUGCAUCGAACUUUCGAACAACAGCAUAGGUCUCAGUUUAGAUAUUGUUUUUACGAAAAGUUUUCCUUACCGAAUAAGAAUCUUCUUUUACUUACGCAAUACGGUACAGCUGAUUUUAACAACGACGGUUUGAGAAAAAUACAAUUCGAAAGUCUGCAGACAGAAAUCUAUUCUUCAAAGCUAAACCAUGAAUUUAUAUAG